UUCUCAUUUAUAUGCUUUUACUUGCUAUACUUUGCUGUCAGUCUUAACAGCUCGUUCUAUCCCUUUAAAAAGUCGUUUUCAAAGAAAAACGAAGUGUACAAGUCAAUCAUUGGUGAGAACUUCCUACAAAAAACAAACUCCACUGACAUCACUGAUAUCAAAGAAGGCAGAACACUUGCAAAAUGAGACUGCUGACUCUUGCCAUAUGUUUCGUGAUAAUAUUUUGUAUUAUUAGCGUCGUGGAAAAUGAUGGCUGUAUUGAUUGCUGCGAGGCCAAAACUUUGUUCUGUCGAAGUAAAAACAUAAAUUCUUUGCGUGAUAUUUUGAACAUGACAAAGGGCUCGUUUUGUCAGAAUGGAACAAUAGAACGAUUGGUAGCUGACGGAAAUAACAUAACCCUCUCCGAUGAGGAUGUUGAAAUUCUAAAGAAAAACUUCAGCAAAUUAAAGUAUUUGGAUCUACGAAGUAAUAAGAUCAAGAUACUGCCAGAGUUGGAAAGUGAUCAUCUUAUAGAGAUGCAACUGGGGAAAAACGAAAUAAGUGACAUUUACUUGAAUUUGGAUAAGUUACCAAAUUUGACAAUUCUAAAUUUGAAGGAAAACAAAUUGAAAAAUUUUACAAAGAAUCUCGGUAAAUUAAAAGCUCUUAUCCUGGCUGGUAACAAAAAAUUAUCCUUUAUAAAUUUUUCAUCAAACAACUCACUGGAAAUAUUGUUGGUUGGGGAUACCGAUCUAAAGGACGUCAAAUGGGAAAAGCUGGUUCAGUUGCCAAAGCUUCAAGGACUUAAUGUUCGAGAUUUGCAAAUGGACAGUCCGAUUAAAUAUUUGGAUCCCAAAAUCUUCCACGAACACGAAAGUUUACAAUUCUUAUUUACCAGUGCCCGCGCAGAUUGCUGUAACGUGAAACGUAUGGAAGAGGCCAAAGGCAAAAAUAAACGAGAGUGGUAUUGUUCUUUUAAAAACAAAACAGACGAUGAUAUUAAGGAAAGUUGUGGUAUCAGACUUCGUUCUACAACUUCAGAAGACACAAGCAUUGGACGGGUUGAAGUAAACUUUCAUGUGGACAUUGGAUGGCAGAAAUUAAAUUCCUCUAGAUGGACAAUGCAGGAUGCUCAUGUCGUUUGCCGGGAGAUGGGUUUCAAAAGAGCAUUGGAAUAUAUAGAUAAAAAUGACUAUAAAAGAAGAAGAGACUUACGUAAAGACUACAAUCAUGAACUUGUAUUUCCCGACGAUACGAAGAAUAAUAAUGCGUUCAUGUGGGAUAAAAAUUGUAAUGGUACCGAAUACUCAAUACACCGAUGUCCAAGUAGAUCAGUAAAUAAUAAUGAUGAUAAAUAUGGUGCAUAUGGUGUUGGUGUAAGAUGUCAAGAUUCAAGUAAGACAAUGAAACAGAUGUGUGGUGCUAGUUCACCAUCGAAAAUCAUUGACUGUGAUGGAGAUAGUAAAAAAAAACUGUACCACAAGAUGAAAAUGACACUACAACUGAAACUAUCACUCUGAGUAACAAUAGAAUUAUUUGGAUCCAAGACACCUCGCUCAAGCUCUUUCAAAAUCUGAAAAUAUUGUUUGUAUUUUUCAUUUUUUUCUUUUUUUUUGCGCUCAUCGUAGAAUACUUAUGCAAAAAUAAUCAAAGUUAUAUGUUUUCUAACGUAUUUGUAUCAAUGGCUGAGGUUUUUAACUUUUAAUGAAUUGAUGAAGCAUUUUCUGAAUUUUCCAGAGAUUUAUCCAAUAACGGCUUGUCAUGGCUAUCCGAUGGAGUUUUUCAGAUAGAUAGUUUGAAAGUUCUGUGAGUUGUUCAUCUUUAUCAUCAUUGCAUGAAUAAUAUAGAGCUAAGCACAGAAUCUUUAUAUGGUAUGAAAGGAUUUAGAUUAAUGAAUUUCUGCUUAUUUUAUAUAGACACCAGUCUACGACAUUUAUAUUAUAUUUAACAAUACAUGCUCUUUUUAGAAAUUUGAAAGGCAACAAACUGCAAAAAGCAGUUGCCAUUAUAACG